AUGGGGAGGAGGCAGAGAAGGAGGGGUCCCUGGGGCUGAGGCUGUGUAGACAGAAAAUGUGAGGCUCUAGAGAGUACGGAUGUGGACUCCAGAAGCAGCUGAGUGCAACUGGAAGAAGGCAGAGCGGUGGUCAGGCUGGCCGCGGAUUCCUCUACCCAGGACAACCUAGUCCUCUGUGGUCCCAGAUAACCAUGGGUUCAUCCUGGAGGAAGGCAUCGGGGGCAGUCACCAGCCAGUACACGUGAUUUGGGAUUUGCCAGCAGACUCUGGAUUUCAUUAGCCUUAAGGGCUCUCCAAACUGGCAUGCGGAUGUUCAGUGGAGUCCCAGGAGCAGCCAGGACAGGGUGGAAGCAGAGGCUGCCAUGGACGAGGACAAGUUCCCACCUGCCCUGUCUGAGGAAGGCGGUGCCCCCCAGGACCCCAGCCUGGAGCCCGAGGAGGAACCCGGGGUCCAGAAUGGAAUGACAGCAAGUGAGGGCCUGGACAGCAGCUGUGACAGCCCAGGGCAUGAGGAAAGGGCUGCCCUGGUGGACAAUGAGGAACCCAGGAAGGACCCGGGUGUGGCCCUGCAUGGCCUCAGCCUUGGCCUUCCCCUCACCAAUGGCCUAGCUCUGGGACCAGACUUGAGCAUUCUGGAAAAUUCAACAGAGUCCAGGCCCUGGAGGGCUGAUGGGCUAGCAGAGGGGGACGAUGCCUCUGGGAGCCUUUGUCCAGACACCGAGGACCUUCAGCUGGGGCUGGGUGGCUCUGGGGAACCAGAUGUACGAGAUGGCUUCAGCGCCACAUUUGAGAAGAUUCUGGAGUCGGAGCUGCUGCGGGGCACCCAGUACAGCAGCCUGGACUCCCUGGAUGUGCUGAGCCUCACAGACGAGAGCGACAGCUGCGUCAGCUUCGAGGCCCCCCUCACGCCCCUCAUCCAGCAGCGGGCCCGUGACAGCCCCGAGCCAGGGGCUGAGCUGGGCCUUGGGGAGAUCGGCUGUGAGAGGGAUGUGGGGGCAGCUGGUGGCGAUGGUGAGCUGGGAAGCCCCCUGCGGCGCUCCAUCUCCAGCAGCCACUCAGAGAACGUUCUGAGUCGCCUGUCCCUCACGGCCAUGCCCAACGGAUUCCAUGAAGAUGGGCCCCAGGGCCCAGGCGGGGAAGAAGAGGAAGAGGAGGAGGAGGAUACAGACAAGCUGCUGAACUCAGCCAGUGACCCCAGCCUGAAGGACGGCUUCUCGGACUCAGACUCAGAGCUGAGCAGCUCAGAAGGACUGGAUCCCGGGAGCACAGACCCGCUGGCCAACGGGUGCCAGGGGGUCAGUGAGGCUGCUCGCCGGCUGGCCCGCCGCCUCUACCACCUUGAGGGCUUCCAGCGUUGUGAUGUGGCCCGGCAGCUGGGCAAGAACAACGAGUUCAGUAGGCUGGUGGCUGGCGAGUACCUCAGUUUCUUCGACUUCUCGGGCCUGACUCUGGACCGAGCGCUUAGAACCUUCUUGAAGGCCUUCCCGUUGAUGGGGGAGACACAAGAGCGUGAGCGAGUCCUUACACACUUCUCUCGCCGAUACUGCCAGUGCAACCCUGAUGACAGCACCUCAGAAGAUGGAAUCCACACACUCACCUGUGCCCUGAUGCUGCUCAACACGGACCUGCAUGGACAUAACAUUGGCAAGAAGAUGUCCUGCCAGCAAUUCAUUGCCAACUUGGACCAGCUGAAUGAUGGCCAAGACUUUGCCAAAGACCUGUUGAAGACCCUUUACAACUCUAUCAAGAAUGAAAAACUGGAAUGGGCCAUUGAUGAAGAUGAGCUAAGGAAAUCACUGUCUGAGCUGGUGGAUGACAAGUUUGGGACAGGUACAAAGAAAGUGACACGGAUCCUGGAUGGCGGCAACCCCUUCCUGGAUGUCCCGCAGGCUCUCAGUGCCACCACCUACAAGCAUGGCGUGCUGACCCGGAAGACUCACGCUGACAUGGAUGGCAAGAGGACACCCCGUGGGAGGCGUGGCUGGAAGAAAUUCUACGCGGUGCUCAAAGGGACCAUCCUGUAUCUGCAGAAGGAUGAGUACAGGCCCGACAAAGCUCUGUCAGAGGGCGACUUGAAGAAUGCCAUUCGCGUGCACCAUGCUCUGGCCACCAGGGCCUCUGACUACAGCAAGAAGUCCAACGUGCUCAAAUUGAAGACGGCCGACUGGAGGGUCUUCCUCUUCCAGGCACCGAGCAAAGAAGAAAUGCUGUCCUGGAUCCUUAGGAUCAACCUGGUGGCUGCUAUCUUCUCGGCCCCGGCCUUCCCAGCUGCCGUCAGCUCCAUGAAGAAGUUCUGUCGGCCCCUGCUGCCCUCCUGCUCCACUCGCCUCUGCCAGGAGGAGCAGUUGCGGUCUCAUGAGAAUAAGUUGCGGCAGGUGACUGCAGAGCUGGCGGAGCACAGGUGUCACCCAGUCGAGAGGAGCGUCAAGUCCAAGGAGGCAGAGGAGUCCCGGCUGAAGGAGCACUAUCUCGCAUUCGAGAAAAGCCGUUACGAGACCUAUAUCCACCUCCUGGCUGUGAAAAUCAAAGUGGGCUCAGAUGAUCUGGAGCGAAUUGAGGCCCGGCUGGCUACCCUGGAAGGGGAUGACCCUUCUCUACGGAAGACACACUCAAGCCCUGCCCUCAGCCAGGGUCAUGGGCCCAUGACUGUCAGCAAAGCCACAAAGGAUACCACUGGGCCCGAUACUUAGCUGGUGUGGACGCACAGGCCCUGAAGGCAGACAGAUGCCCCCAGAGGGGUCAGUGAGCACAAUUACAUCCAGGAGCCACUGAAACCAGACUCCAGGUAGUUGAAGGGCAGCCACGGGGGUGCAGCGAGUCCCACGGGCUAAGGAAACGGAGAUGCUGUUCAUGUUGUAGAUCUUGCAUCCUGGCGCAUCCCUGGGCCUGGACCCUCUCCCCAGCCCUCAUUUCACUCUUCACCACAGAGCCUCAUUCUGUAGGCCAGUUGUGUGCAUGCUCUAGGUACCAACUCACUGGAGAAGCUGGAACGGCCUCUGUUUUCUCAGGCCCUCCUCUUCUCAUCAAGCUCUUCCCUCAUCUUUGUGAGAGUAGAUCUUGACUUUUGGUCUCAGCUUGGACCCCCACCCUUUCUCCUUCUCUUUCCUCUGAGCUGACCAGCAGCAGGUCUGCAGACCACCAGCACUAUCCUCGCUUCCUUCCUCUCAGCAACCUCUGGAACCAAGCCCGAUUCGCCUGCCUCACAUCGCAAUAAUCUGGGAUCUGGGCCUGUCCUCUCUGAGUGCCAAGCUGACUCCACUCACAUGUGCAUCCACCUCUCAUUCCACCCACUGAGGCCACUACUGCCUCCUUUUUAUACAGGCAUAAAUGUAUAUAUAUAACAAUGAUAUACUGUAUAUAUAUGUACAUAUAUACACGUAUAUAUAAGGAACCCUUUUACAGAUGGUUUUGGAACUAAUAGAAGAUAAAGUCAGAUUAAGGAAUAGUGUAUUAGGGAGCUCCACCUGUUAGCAAGGGAGGCUGCUAUUUGGCCCCCCGUGGCCCUGACACUCUGGGAAGAAAGAUGGAGAUAGUGCUGAAAUCCUCUCACCUCAUUUUUUCCCUCUUCUGACUGACCUGUGACUUCCAUCUUCUUACGGUCGGUCGAUGCUUUGGAAUAAAUAGAGCAUUUUUGCACCGCCCAUUGUCAUGCCCCACGGGUGUGCUGGGGUGUGAGUGGAAGGGGACACAGCCCUGUUUAUAUUUGGGUCCUUAUGUUGGUGCUGCCAGAUCUCUGAGCUCCAGAGGUGGCCUCUUGUACAGAUCUACAGCCAUGGGGAUAAAAGAGAUUCUGCCUUCCGAAUAGCCACGUGUCAACGAGCCUAAAGAUGCUGGUGGGGGAAGGUUAUGGAAGCUAUUAAUCCCUGGCCUUGGGAAAAGGUGGAAUGACAAGUUGCUGAUUGUUUUUAGGUUGAUGCUUUUUUCAUUUUUCAAGUGAAUCAGAAAGGCUUUGCUAAGGAGACGUAUGGGGGGAAAAGAGAAAUUUGUUACGUGCCCAUCAUAGAUUGGCAUCUGUUAAACCCUGUAUUGCUCAGACUGACAGGUGGGUGAGGAAGAUGGCUUUGAUGAGCAAAUCCCUUCUCUUGUUUUAAUAAAUUACUGUAGUUUGGCUAGCAGUUUGACCUCAGUGAUAACAUAUUUAGUAAGGUAAGCCAACCUUGCAACUAAGUAAUAUUUACAAGCCCAGUCAUAUUUGAUGCAAGGGACAAGUGAGUAUGUGGUGAGAUGUAGUGUUUUAAGUCCAGAUUAUUUCAGUUGAAUCAGCUGAAGUGUGUUUUAUAACCAAACCAUCUGGCCCCUUCAUUUUGCUCAGGGGAAGUAAAUAUUAAUUUAAGUGAAAUGGAAAAAACAAUAUGGCAACAUAAAAGAGUCUUCUGUACUUUCUUCAUGCUGCCUCUAAGGUCUUUUGGUUUUGGGGGUCAGAGUCCCUUCCUCCACUUCAUGAAGGUGGGUGAGAGAAAGCAGAGAUACAUGCUCCAUCGGCUGCAGAUGUGCUUCCCCGAGCACUAGUUGUGCCUCCCAUUGGUAAAAAAAUUUUAGUUUGCUUCCUUAAUUGUAUAAUUAUUUAUUUGUAAAUUAUAUACAUGUACUACUAUACUAAAAUAUUAUGUACAUUUAAAAACAU